AUGGCGUUUCUCUUCAAAAGCAGGAAGAACGCGCCGCCCGCCUCGGGCUUGCCCCCAGCGAGUCGAAAUAUCCAUACUUCUGACGGCACCCCGACUUCGUCAGGUGCCAACGGUUCCAUUGACAGCACCGGCGAGAGAUCGACUCAAUCGCCUCCUCCUAAUCCUAAUGCAAGUUCGAAUCCAAACGGUUCCCUGAGUUCCAUGAACUCGACUCUGGCCGCUGGACCUGCUUAUCCACGGCGCGAGAGAUCAGAGUCAGAAUCUGGGCCACGACCCUCGACGGCUACACAGCCGACUCAAGUUCCCAAUGCCGCCCUCUAUCCCUGGUCGCAGCGACGAUUGAAUUUCACUACUGCGCAAUCUAAUCCUUUCCCUCGCUAUGGCGCGGCUGUGAACGCAAUUGCCUCAAAAGAUGGUGAUAUCUAUAUUAUGGGGGGCCUCAUCAACGGUUCCAUGGUUCGGGGCGACUUGUGGAUGGUCGAGUCCGGCGGUGGAAGUCUGUCCUGUUAUCCUAUCGCGACAGUUUCGGAGGGACCCGGCCCCCGCGUCGGACACGCAAGUCUGCUGGUUGGCAACGCUUUCAUCGUAUUUGGCGGUGACACUAAGAUGGAUGAUAACGACGUGCUAGACGACACUCUGUACCUGCUUAAUACUUCUUCUCGACAAUGGUCUCGGGCCGCGCCUCCGGGUCCACGACCUUCUGGCCGAUAUGGUCAUACCCUCAAUAUUCUGGGCUCCAAGAUAUACAUCUUUGGAGGUCAGGUUGAGGGUUAUUUCUUCAAUGAUCUAAUAGCUUUCGACCUGAACGCCCUACAGAACCCGGCAAAUCAGUGGGAGUUUCUAAUACAAAACACGGGCGACGACGUUGUCGGGCCGAAUGCGAAAGUGCCUGCUGCAAGAACGAAUCACACGAUUGUUAGCUACAACGACCAGUUAUUCCUGUUUGGAGGCACCAAUGGCACUCAGUGGUUCAACGAUGUCUGGACGUACAGUCCCGUCACCAAUGUCUGGACGCAGCAAGACUGCAUAGGAUAUAUUCCUGCUCCCCGGGAGGGCCACUCCGCUGCGUUGGUCAAUGACGUGAUGUAUAUCUUUGGUGGUAGGACCGAAGAAGGCACAGAUCUUGGUGAUCUAGCAGCCUUCCGCAUCUCGUCAAAACGAUGGUACACGUUCCAAAACAUGGGCCCGUCGCCCUCGCCCAGAUCCGGCCACAGUAUGACAGCAUACCGCGACAAAAUCAUCGUCCUUGCUGGAGAGCCUAGUUCCGCGCCUCGGGAUCCUGCGGAGCUAAGUAUGGUUUAUGUACUGGAUACUGCAAAGAUUCGUUAUCCAAACGAUGCACCGGCGAGUGGCCAACCUAUAGAUCCGAGGCAACCGAACAGCCCAACUCGAAGACCAAGUACCGAAGCACGAUCUGCUAUGCCCAUCCGUUCGACAUCACGAGAAGGAGCAAGGAGUCAAAAUGCAACUCGCGAGCAAUUCUCAGGCGGUCCGGUUCAACGACCAGACCCGGCUGGACAAAGUAGCUCACAGUCACGGCUGCCGCGGGCAUCGAUGGCACAGGCGCCCGCUGGACCUCCCCCUCAGGGGCAGGCGCCAACGCCGCGGACGAAUGGUGUACAUUCUCCUCCCAAUGCCCCUAACGGACCAAAAGCCAGGUACAAUGGUUCUCCGCUGGACACAAGAAGCACUGCACCCGGCCCGGAUGGCGGUCGAACUGUGCCUCAAGAGGGUGUGAUGCAGCCCCAAGCAGUGAGAGACGUUCAAAAAGAGAACAUUAGACCCAGCCGUGAAGGAAGUCCGAGCACUUUCGGCCGCAGGACUCCAACUCAGCGGACCGAAUCAAAGGCGAAGGCUAUGGAAGCAGGUGAAGCGGCUCCUCUCAUGAGUAGCGGUGUUGCUAGACAACGAUCGCUCAGGUCACAAAGGGCUCAAGGUUCCAUCGAUAGCACCGAGGACGGGUACCUGGGACGUUCAUCAUCCGGCAGACAUCAUGGGGAAGUACAAGGUGAUAAUCGAAGUUUACGAAGUAUGCCAGGCGACGAACCCAAAUCUCCCAAGAUGAAUCCUCACCAAGAGGCGCUGUUGAAAGAGUUGGAAACUGCAAAGAAGACGAACGCCUGGUAUGCUUCAGAGUUGGCUCUGGCUCGGAAGCAAGGUUACCACACUGGCGCUUCCUCUAGUCCCACGUUUGACGAGCGAGCCGUCAGCAAGGUCACCGACGACGAUCGGCCACUAAUGGAAGCCUUCAUGGCCAUGAGAACGGAAAUCAUCAAGAUGCAAGAAGCCAUGGAGACGCAAGCUGCAUCUAUGGCCAGACGGAUCGCCGAGGUGGAACAUCAGCGUGAUGCCGCCGUCACGGAAGCUGCGUAUGCAAGGGCCAAGCUCGCGGCUCAUGGUGGUAGUCAGCGUAGCACACCACAACCUGAUGCGUCGCGAGAGCCUGAUGAGCAAGAACGUUUUACUGACCUUACACGCCGCCUUGCCUUGGCCCUUGCUGCACAGUCUGAGCUGAAGGCCAAGCUUGAUUCUUUGAACAACGACCUUGCGUCCGAACGGAAAGCUCGAGAAGUGGCAGAAGAAUCUGUGGAUGCUCUCCAGCUCCGCUAUGAUGAGCUGAGCAAGAAUCGAAACCCGGCAGAACUCGAGGGACUUCGUGCAGAACUUUACGAAGCCCAAAGUCUAGCUCGAGCAGAGGCAGGCCGCAGGGCUGAGGUCGAAGAAGAGUUGCGGACUCUGCGGGUCGAUCAUGAGAGUUUGGUCAAGACGCACGAGGACACAUCGUCGCGACUAACGAAUCACACUUCUUCGAUGGCUGCCCUAGAGGCUGCCGUCACAGCAUCCACGAGCAAGGUGAGCCUUUACGAGCGCCAGAUUGAGGAAGAGCGUGUGCAAAGAGAAGUUGCCGAGAAAAAACUGUCUCAACUGCGAGCCGAACACGAAGAUAGGACCACGGAACUGGAAACUGUCUCGAAACGCCUACAUGAUGCUGAAGAGUUGGCCGAAACUCACGCCAGAGAAGCUGCGACUCAUCGUGAGGCGCUGCUUGUCGGCCUGGCCAAACUGUCAUCUGUCGACACAGGCUCUAAACAAGACACUGUCGCCGAUCAGAAAAUAGCCGCUCUUCGUGAAUCAGCCGAACAAGCCUCGAAUUUGGCCAAGCGCAACCAGGAAGCAGCAGAUAAGGCAGCGCAGAAACUACGUAAUGCAGAAGAACGGAUUGCUGGACUGGAAGCGUAUCAAGAACAGUCGAGCCGCGAGGCUCUCCAGAUCCGGAGGCAACUACAGGCCACUUUGCGGGAUGCACAAAACUAUCAGGCAGAGAUCCGUGAGCUACGAUCGAACCUUGAAAUGUCUCAACGUGAUGCCAGUGCUCUUGCUGUUCAGCACAGUGCUCUCAAGGAUCUGCUAGGCGAGCGCGGCAUAAAUGUCUCUGACGUGAGACGGUCGCCCAUAUUCGAUCAUUCUCCAAGCUCUCGAUUUGGCACGCCGGAGCAAGCUCGUCUCCGAGAACUUGAUCAACAAUUACAAGCCAGCAUCAAAGCCCACGAGGAGACUAAGAGUCAAUUCGAGGCUCGUAUGCAAGAGGCUGACAGCACCUACAAGGAGAAGUUGGAGCAGCUUGAAAACGAUUAUCAAUCUGCCGUCCAUUACGUCAAGGGCACUGAGAAGAUGCUGAAGAAAAUGAAGGAGGAGCUCACCAAAUACAAAUCCCAAAAUGCCCAAUUGACUGGCGAGCUGGAAACUGCUCGAAGCACGAGUGCGGCUUCUGGGACAGCACCGGACACCUCGACCUGGGACGAGGAACGAAAGCAACUUCAAGCUUCAAUCGAGGAGAUGAAGACCCAGACGAGCAAGCAGAUUGCUCAACUAGAGUCGAACAUGACGUCGUUGAAGUCAGACCUCACAAAGGUUCAGACAGAAAGGGACCAGCAGAAAGCCAGCUACGAGGAGCUUACACAAACCGCACAAAGACUGGGCAAAGAGCUAGAACAACUCAAGUCAGAAAACUCCAUGCUUGAAAAACAAGCGGAAGAGGCGGAAAGCCGAGUGACAAUGCUCCUUGAUCAAGUUGGUCAGUCUGUAGGAAACUAUCGACGGCAGUCACAAUUACAACCUCUGCCCCAUGGGAUCCCUGGACUGGGGCACAACCGAGAGGAAAGCACCUCCACACUGACGGAUAUGUCGGUCAAUGAUGACGCUUUGUCUCGAGACGACCGGGGGUCCAUCGCUCUGGACAACCUGGCCUCUGAACUGGAAACGCUACGAUCACAAUGGGAGAGCACGAGUAGGAACAACUAUCGGCUCAGCACAACUUUUGACUCGGAAAGGACACCUACAACAGAGAGUCAUGGGACAGAGCUGAGCGAUAAUCUCGCUAGCUGGAGGCGGAGGCUUGAAGAGGAAGAAAGUGGAACACGAGAGACGUCGGCUGUUGCUUGA